UCAGAAUCGUGUACAGCAGUCUUGGUACUGCUUCAAUACCAGCCUGGAGCACAUCACAGCAGUUUAGUUUUUUUUUAUCUCCCUUUUCCGCCUCCACCUCCUACCGAAUUCAGGUCGUCGGUGUUUUACGAUUAGCCCGCGGUCAUUUGUGGAAUAACUGUUCAGUGUGAAACCCCAAUUGUUUCGAGAUAUUUUCUAUUCAUGGAUUUAUGCUGAACGGAAAAUCAGAGGUGGUGACUUACAGCUGUGGAAAAGGAUUCAAUUACUCAAUUAAAACGUUAUAAUGAAGCCAGAAACAGAAGGCAGGGGUUUUCCCAAUACCCUCAGCCUCAUUGUUUCAGUCCUGGUCCAUGUUCUUCUUCUUGCACCUGUUCUCUACAUCAUCUCCAUAUUUAGCAUUAAUUAUAGCUUCUUCUCCUGGCACCCAAUAUGCAUGUCUGUCGGUGUGGGGCUUCUGAUCGUAGAAGGCGUCUUCAGUAUAUCUGGAGAGGCGAACCUGAGUCAUCGUCUCUCUCGUGUAAAUCGGGUAACCACCCACUGGAUCAUGAACGCAGUGGGCCUGACUCUGAUGUUCAUCGGUCUGAUCAUAAUAAUUGUAAACAAAAAUAAUCACAACAAGCCGCAUUUUGCAACGACUCACGGAAAAUUGGGCCUGAGUGCAAUCGUGAUAGCCUCGGUGGUGGGUUGUUUCGGUAUCCUGGCGAACAACACCCGGUGGCUGUAUCCCCGGGUUCGACCCAUUCUCAUAAAAGUCGCUCAUGCAUUCGGAGGAAUAGCUAUGACAAUUAUUUUCAUAGCCACACUCAUAAAUGGUGUGUACAAGGAACCCCACCUCCUCGGGGAAACAGGAAUCGCCCUAAUCUGCGCUGCUCUGGUGAUCGCUGCUGUUCUUGUUCUCUUCAAGCCCAUCAUCGCUGCCAUUGCCAGGACCAAAGUCAUCCUCCAGCCACCCCAGCCACACAAUCAGAGCACAUGACUAAAAACAUUGUAAAUUCCCUAAAUACCAUCAGAACCAGUCUUCUAUUAAUCUGCGACAUCAUCUUGAAAUUUCUCACAACGACAAUCAAAAGAAAAUGAAAAUUGCAUUUGUUACUCAUCCCUCAAUUAUCUCGACACCUCUCAGAGCAUGAAUAAUCUAAAAUGAAGAAUCCCCAAAUAUUGAACUGAAUGAACUGAAGCGGAAUGAAUUUUCGAGGGAAAUUGAAUGAAGAAUUCAACCAACUAGGCAUUGAAAGUGAUUUUCUUGAAUUUUUCUUUAAAUUGAAUAAAUCUUAGAGAAUAAUAAAGCCCUCCGUCAUUUAGGAGGCAUUCCACCAUAGGACUGUUCACCUCCAGUAAUAAAAUGGAAUCCUCAAUUGGCCCCAUGUGACCCUGACGAUGCGUACGAAGCGUAACGACUUGUGUACACACCUAUUUGACAAGCCCCUGUGCACUCACAUGUCCGAGGGUCUGAAUGAUGACAAGAUCGAUAAGGGAUCACGGGAACAAGAGACUCGCUUGUCCCUGGACACUCGCUCUUCUCCGGAAUUUUGUCCAACGGGGAAUGACUGCCCUCACUCAUUAUGAAAUACCAUUUAAACUAUGAAAAAUUAUCAAGACUCAAUCACAGGACUAUAUGGAGCAUUAAAAAAGCCGUCGAGUAAGCGUCGUUACGUCGUAUUCUUACCCGCAUACUUAUGCUAAUUCAAAACCGCAAUGAAUAUGCUAAAGGCAAUUGCAAUGCAGUACUGCAUCAGUAAUUUUACGGCAGAUGAUUUUCAUCUGCAGAUUCCAAAGACAGAUUGCCAGAUUAAACUUCUACAGCUUCCAAUAUUGAUUUAAAAAUUGACAAUUGAGUAACCGUAAUGCAAUCGGUUCAACCAUAUAUCAACACUUUAUUGUAAUUAUUUUAUACACGCAUCAUAUACAUAUACACAGAAUGCAUAUACUUUAUGUAUAUCUGUUCUCACUCUCAUAUUUGUGUCCUCAUCUUUGUGUCCUCGUGGUACAAUGUACAUUUAUAAUAAUACAACCGAGCAUUUUCUUUUUAAAAUAUUGUUAUCAACUUGUUAUUAUUCUGUCAUAUUCCAGUGUCUGUUAAUUUCUCAGUUACUCACGAUUAUUAUCCUUUUGUUAUUCCCUAUUAUCCACCAAUCGUCGGAGGCCCAUCGCAACUUAACAUUAUGCAACAACGUGUACAUAUUUAUUUAUAAUAUAUAUUUAUACAUUUACCCCAAUUUAUUAUCUCUAGAGUCUUAAUCUAGAGGCUUUUAUAUUUUUUUUUCUCACAAGUCACCGUUUGUCUUUUUCUUUCAGCUUAACUCCUGUAUCAUUUUCAUUUUGUAUUCAUUAUUGUGUUUGAUUGUAUAACGUUUUGUUUGGAUUUGUCGAAGAACUUAUGUUCAUGGAAAUAAAGGUAUUGUACAAUUUUCA